AUCUGCUAGGUGGACAUUUUCUUGAUGAACUCACAGGGUUCGUGGUGAUUAUGAUACAUAUCUGCAUGAUGUCAUUACCGAGAAGGCUGGCCACAAGUUUGCUGGGUCAUGUACGAUCCCACAUCACAUCUGCCACCUGCGGCACCUCCAGUGCAGGAAGGUCGGCAUCCGUCCUUUCGCGCUGCCGUGCUCUGAGCCUAGUUCCCGGAGUGUCCUCCUGUCCGUCACUGGUCGCCUCGCUGAGGACCAGCGCCGCGCAGUUCAGAAGCGCCAGCUACCAGGACGUCCAGCCCGACUACGAGGUGGUGGCAGAGACAGAAAACAAAAUCACGGCAGACGUGGUGAGCCAGGUGAACCGGUCGAUCGCCGACCGCUCCACCGGCCGGCUGUUCGCUGUCGUCCACAUCAACGGCAAGCAGUUCAAGGUGACGGACGGCGACCUGGUGGUGGUGCAGGGCCAGUGGCCGCCCUCCCUCGGACAGCAGCUCAGGCUCGAAAAGGUCCUCCUGGUGGGCAGUGCCGACUUCACCCUGCUCGGCCGGCCCGUCCUCGACCGGGGCAUGGCCGCCGUGGAGGCCACUGUCAUCGAAAAGUCACUAUCGCACACAAAAACCAUCUUCCGGAAAAAGAAGCGGAAAAACUACAGACGCAUCAACUUCUGCCGAAUGCCGCUGACGACUCUGCGAAUCAACAGUGUUCGACUGGAGAAAACCGUGGACCAGUCGUGAGUCCGAGAGUCCGUGUACUGAUCGAUGUGUGAACUGACGGUGCUGUGUUGUGUAAUACAUUGUAGAUAUCUUACAAA